CUGGAACACGGAACUACGCUACCCACAAUCCAAUGCUCCUGGGGGUCAGAUCUGAAUUUAAACGGCUAAGCAGCAGAGCUGUGUUUAACAGUUCUCUUAAAACUUCAACGGAACAGAAUAAUUCGGCUCAGUUCUUGCUUCUAAAUAUUGUGUCGACGGUUAUGUAGCUACCGAACCGAUCAGUGUGGGCUUUCUCGGACCGACUCUUCCGUUUGUGCCAUGACUUUGCCGGUUUUUACCAGUUAGCGCUGCUAGGCUAAGCUAACUCGUUGCUAACGUGUGAUGACUUUCAGUGCGUUUUUGUUUUCUGCCGCAAACAUGAAGUGACGUCUCGUAGGCGAUGACCGAUCAACCGCAUUAACUGUUAACACGGAUUCACACGACACCGACCUCCGAAGAGCUGAGCUUACGUCGCCGAGGCCGGGGAGACCAUGACCCUCGCCCCGAAGGAGCUGUCCAACCUCCUGAGCAUCAUAUCGGAGGAGGCAUGCACCAACACCUUCGAGAGCCUCUCCACCCACUUUCACCAUUACUUCGGCAAGGCGGAGCACUUCCGAGUGGGUUCGGUGCUGGUCAUGCUCCUCCAGCAGCCGGACCUGCUGCCCAGCUCUCCGCAGCGGCUCACCGCCCUCUACCUGCUAUGGGAGAUGUACCGCACCGAGCCGCUGGCCGCCAACCCGUUCGCCGCCGUGUUCGCGCACCUCCUGAACCCGUCGCCCCCCGGGGAGGAGCAAGAGAAGGUGCUCUCCGGCUUCCUGCCCCCCAUCACCCAGCCGGAGAAGUUCUUCCUGUCCCAACUGAUGUUGGCGCCGCCCAGGGAUCUCUUCAAAAAGACGCCCAGACAGGUGUCCUGCAUGGACGUCGGCAACAUGCCCCAGUCCAUAGACAUCAGUGGUCUGCAGCUAGCGUUAGCGGAGCGUCAGUCAGAGCUUCCCACUCAAAGCAAAGCCAGCUUCCCCAGCAUCCUCAACGACCCCGAUCCAGAUUCAUCCAACUCUGGAUUCGACAGCUCCGUGGCCAAUCAGAUCAUCGAGUCGCUGGUCACAGGGCCCCGCCCUCCGCUGGAGAGUCACUUUCGCCCCGAGUUCAUCCGGCCGCCACCCCCUCUGCACGUGUGCGAGGAUGAGCUGGCGUGGCUGAACCCCACCGAGCCGGAUCACAGCGUCCAAUGGGAUCGCUCCAUGUGUGUGAAGAACAGCACCGGCGUGGAGAUCAAACGCAUCAUGUCCAAGGCCUUCAAGAGCCCGCUGUCCGCCCAGCAGCAGUCACAGCUGCUGGCCGAGUUGGAGAAGGACCCAAAGUUGGUUUAUCAUAUCGGCCUGUCCCCGGCGAAGCUCCCUGACCUGGUGGAGAACAACCCACUGGUGGCCAUUGAGAUGCUGCUGAAGCUGAUGCAGAGCAGCCAGAUCACAGAGUAUUUCUCAGUGCUGGUUAACAUGGACAUGUCGCUGCACUCCAUGGAGGUCGUUAACAGGUUGACCACAGCCGUGGACUUGCCCUCAGAGUUCAUCCACCUCUACAUCUCCAACUGCAUCUCCACUUGUGAGCAAAUCAAAGACAAGUACAUGCAGAACCGCCUGGUCCGUUUGGUGUGCGUCUUCCUCCAGUCGCUGAUCCGAAACAAAAUCAUCAACGUCCAGGACCUCUUCAUCGAGGUUCAGGCCUUCUGCAUCGAGUUCAGCCGCAUCCGAGAAGCCGCCGGCCUGUUCCGCCUCCUGAAGACCCUGGACACCGGAGAGAACCCGGCCGAGGCCAAACCCGCCAAAUAACCACCCUCAGAGACACACUGCACAGACAGUACCAGCGGGCCCAGUUACUCCAAUAGGGCCACGUUUAUCGCAAAUAUCAAAGGGACGAGCUUCGUGUUCUUCAUGUCUUUGUACGUCACAGGAGCAGAAACUAAAGCGGCCGGCUCGAGUUAAUAUUGUAAAUAUGUGGUGACGUUUUCUUCAGAGUUUAAAAUCGCCAUUUUCCCCUUUUUCCAGAAGUAGAAAAAAAAGGAUGAACCCAGUUCGACGUUUCAUUUUUUUUUUACCAGGGCUCUUUCCUUUGGAAAUCUUGCGAUGUUUUCUCAAAUUAAACAGUGUUUAAUUCAA